AUGCUUGCGACAAAAGGGUUCGCCAUCAGAAGUGCUGGUGAUGCCAGUAUCAGCAACAGGAAGCCGGCCCUUUACAGAGGAGACUUACCAGAGAACACGUUCAUGUCGCUGAACACGGUAUGUGGCAACUACGGACGUUCGUCCACGAGCCUUCGAGCCCGCCAGCAACACAUGAAUGCCCUCGGCCACCGGUUCCCGAGUACGAAUGCGACACAUGUGACCGUCAUUUCGACAGCUCGAAGGAUGCGGCCCAGCACAUGGACACACAGGGCCACUGGGGGGACGAGUGCGUUCGCUCCACGGAAAUGUCCUGUGAAUUCUGUUUCGACUUCUUCGGCGAUAUUGAACAACACAAGGUGGACUACCACUGCUACUGUCGCUCAUGUGACCGACCGGGCCUACAACAACCUCAUCAACGCAUGGGAGACUGACCUCUGCCACCAAGUCUUCAACCUGCGAUCCUCACUGAACCAGCAUCUGAACUCUCCAGCCCCCCAGCAGGCGCUGUAUCACUGUCCAAAGCAUGAGAUGCCGCAGGAAGUUUGCAAUGCCGGAGCACUGUUCAACCGCCUAGAGAGCGAGACAUGUGGCGCGAUGCGCUUUGAUGACGUUGAACGACAUGCGCAGGCCAUGCUGAAUCCCGAUCGGCUUCUCAACUAUUCUCAGCGUCGCAAGGUUCCUCGUAAGAUUUGA